AUGUCCAAGUACGCAAAAUUCUUAAAAGAGCUACUCACUAAUCGAAAGAAGUUGGAAGAGGUGUCCCAGGUGGUGCUUAAUGAGAAUUGUUCAGCUGCAAUGUUGAACAAAUUACCAAAGAAGAUGGGGGACCCGGGUAGCUUAACUUUUCCAUGCCAAUUCGGAAACCUAGCUACUAGUUAUGCAUUAGAGGAUUUGGGGGCGAGUGUUAAUCUCAUGUCAUACAAUUUCUUUAAGAAGUUGAACCUUCCAGAUCCGAAACCAAUCCAUAUGGCAAUUCAUUUAGCAAAUAAGAUGGUGACAUUUCCAAAGGGAAUAUGA